AAAAAAAUCAUAUACUAAUCCCAACAAAAAAGCUACCAACUCCAUUUAAUUCUGUGCUUUAAUUUGUAACUCUUCUUCCAUUGAACACACUAUAUAUACUAGUGAAACUCCAUUCAAUUUCAUCACAGCAAACUAACCUUCUUCAGUAUUCGAACUUCUUCUCUCCUUAGAACUUAACUUCCAAGAUGGCUCAGUCCACGAGCUUCUUCUUUCUCAUUGCUCUACUUGCGUUUGCACCAAUUUGUUUCUCUUUUAAGAGUAAUUACAAUGGUAACCUAUACCCCCAAUAUUACUAUAAAUCAUGCCCAAAAGCGCAAGAAAUUGUCAAGUCUGUUGUUGCCAGGGCUGUUGCCAAAGAAGCUCGAAUGGCUGCUUCAUUGCUGAGGCUCCAUUUUCACGACUGCUUUGUCAAGGGGUGUGAUGCAUCUUUGCUUCUGGAUAGCAGCAGAGGUAUAGUAACAGAAAAAAGAUCAAACCCCAACAGGAACUCAGCUCGUGGAUUUGAAGUCAUUGAUGAGAUUAAAUCUGCACUAGAGAAAGAAUGCCCACAAACUGUCUCUUGUGCUGAUAUAUUGGCACUUGCUGCAAGGGACUCCACUGUUUUGGCUGGUGGACCAAACUGGGAGGUUCCAUUGGGAAGAAGAGAUGCCAGAGGUGCCAGUUUAAGUGGCUCCAACAAUGACAUUCCUGCUCCAAACAACACAUUUAAUACCAUUCUCACUAAAUUCAAGAGACAAGGCCUUGAUCUUGUUGACCUUGUUGCUUUAUCUGGGAGCCACACAAUUGGAAAUUCAAGAUGUACCAGCUUCAGACAAAGGCUCUACAACCAGUCAGGAAACAGUAAACCAGACUCUACUCUGGAUCAAUCAUAUGCUGCCCAAUUGCGCAAUAAGUGUCCAAAAUCUGGAGGUGAUAACAACCUAUUCUUCUUGGACUUUGUCUCUCCCACAAAAUUUGAUAACAGCUACUUCAAGCUCUUAUUGGCUUCAAAGGGCCUGCUGAACUCUGACCAAGUUCUUACUACAAAGAGUCAAGCAUCAUUAGCCUUGGUGAAACAAUAUGCAGAGAACAAUGCGCUUUUCUUCGACCACUUUGCCAAGUCUAUGGUUAAGAUGGGGAACAUUUCUCCUUUGACAGGUUCCAAAGGGGAGAUCAGGAAGAAUUGCAGGAAGAUCAACUCAUCUUAAAAGGGCAGUGAGCACAUCAACUUUCAUUUGCAGAAAUAGAAAAUAAUAAUUGUACCUUUAUUGUUUUUUGUUAUGUUUCUAUUGUUGUUCUUUUUACAUUCUUCUAGUUUCUUCAGUUUUCGUCCUUGAGGACGAUCUCAUUGAUUGUGCCAUCUGUUUGAAAAUUGUUAAUCAUGAUUUAUUACCAUUUGUGUAUUUAAAUUUUAGCAGCUACAACACUUCACUUCUACACUAGACAAAGUGAAUUGAACCAAGAAAAGCAGCUACAGAUAUUUAUACUGUACUAAAAAUCAGGAGACAAACAUAAAUUGGUAUAGAGAUGAGGUCAAAAGGAUAUUAUAACAGGGGAAAUAUAUAUGUAGUAUUAAUCUAACACCUUCAGUGACCAAAUUAGAGAAAAUAAUAAUGGUUGAGAGAAAUAUUCUCUCUGGUAUAUGAUCUAAUUCUUCCAAAGUAGUUGAGAGUUAACAGAUUUAAGUA